AUGAACUAUAACGGCUUAUGUGGAGCUAUCGGGCCAUACGGCGGCUACGCAGGCCGUGGUGGCGGAUCUCCGGCGCUGCUGUGCAUUCCUCCACCACCGGCUGGAGGGCGAGCCGCCACCAGCUCCCUGGCGGACGCGGAGCGGAGGAGGAGGUCCUACCUGCACUUAGGGUUCUCUCUCACUCUUACUGUUACUCGUGCGCUAGGGCGCCUGGCGGCGCCUCCCCGGGGCCAACACCGCCAGGGCGGCGGCCGUCGCUCAGCCAGACGGAUGUCACCAGAGGCGAAAACGGCAAAAAAACGCCUCAAGAAGCCUCAUGAAGGCUCUUCCGUGGCGCUUGCAAAUAGCGCCACGCCCGGCGCUUCAACAGCACCUGGGUUUCGGAGCCCGGCGCCGCCAGUGCCUCCAGCCACCCCGCCCGCAGCGUCUGGUGACCAGAGCGGACCGUCCAGUCGGGUAGUGCCAAACACGUCAGCGGAUAGUCCGUCCCCAGUAGGUUCCGGGACAUCCGGCGGCUCCCGACCGCCGUCUGGUGGCCGUGGCGGAGCGGGGGCCAGGGCUGGGUCGGGGGGUAGGGGGGGCCUAGGCGGGGGCAGGCCGCCGGCUGCGGCCGCACCGCGGAACGUGGCAGCCAUGCCUGCAGCGGGACGGCCGUCGGGGUCGAACAGUGUCAGCAGGACGCGGGACGCGUCGCCGCAGCGUCGCAGCGGCGGCGGCGGCGGCGGCAGCACGGCCGCGGUCGCUACACCGUUGCAGUCGGCCUCGCCUUCACCUGCGACAACACCCCAAGCUCGCGGCGUGGCGCAGCUGGGAGAUGCGAGCUCGCACUUGCCGCCGGCGGCGCAGCGCGCGCUGGCGGCCGCGGCAGCGCUGGCAGGCGGCGCGGAUGGCGGUCUUGGCGUGCAAGGGUAUUACCAUCGCGAUGGCCACCAGCCCCAGCAGGUCCAGCAGGCGGGUGAUGGGGCGGCCAAGCCGGCAGGGCUGCCUCAGCUGCCGCUGGCACUGCGGCGCGCAAUGCAGCGCUACCGGGAGACGAUGCAAACCCGUGACCAGCUGCUGCUGAUGCACCACAACCAGCAGCAGCAACGAAGGGGCGACAAGGACACCGGGGCGAGCAGCCAUUCCCUGCCGGAUACCGUAUCGACAGCCGGACGUGCCUACCGCUCGGACCUUGCUCGACUGUACCACAACAACAACAACACCAGACACCAAACCGCAGAACCGCACAUCAUCAUCAUCAGCAGCAGCAGCGGCAGCAGCAGCAGAGUCGGUGGCGGAGGUCCUAAGGCACGAGCUGCCGGGCAGCUGAGCCGGAUGUCAUUGGGGCCCGGCCGGUCGUCAUCGUCGUCGUCGGCGGCGGCUGCGGCGGCGGCGGUGCCUCAGUCGCCGGGGGAGCUGCGGCGCCGGGCCCAGGUCGUCUUCGCGGCGCUAGUGGCUGCAGAGACCUGGCUGAUCCAGUCCCUCUCAGAGUUGGCAAGAUCCCGCGGCACGCCUGGCGGCGGCGUGGCGGCCGCCAGCCGCCGUACAGCCCAGGCGGACACCUGCGCCGCCCUGCUGGCUGACGUGGAGCUCCUCCGUCUGGAGCUGGACGACUUGCAGGCCCAACUGCGAGUGAUCGCCCUGACAGGAAAGGAGGCGCCGACACCUGCCUCAAGCACGCCGUCGGCACCAUCGCCGCCGCCACAGCCGCUGCCUGCCGCUGGCAUGUACGGCCGCGUAGGCAACAGUGACCGCGACGCCAACAGCGACGGUGCCGCCAGCGGCUGUGACGCGGUAGCGGCCGCGGCCGUUGCGUUGGAGGUGGACGGUCAGGAGCUCGAGGAGUCUGUUGUGCUGUGGAGGAACCGCUUCCUGCGCGCGCUGCUGGGCGGUGCAGCUGGGGCGGGUGGGGGCGGCGGCAGCGGCAGCGGUGGUUCCGGCGGUGGCCCGGCUAGCAGGCGCAGCGGCAGCCUGCCGGGUCCUGGUGCGCCGCUAUACAGGCCGCUGUCCACCCCUAGCCCCCUCGGGGGGCCGGCAGGCGAUGCCAGCAUCCGCAUGCGGCGGCCGCUGGGGUUCUGGCUGCCAGAUGCCAUCUCCCUGCAGGAGGCUGUGGCGCAUGGCCGGGCCCAGCUGCAGCUGCAGGCCACAGCGUUUCAGCUGCUGUUGGAGGGCUGCUUGGCGGCGCCGCUGCUGCCGAGGCAGCGACCGGCCCCGCCACCGCCGCUGCCACUCGCGAUGGUGCCGGCAGCGGCAGCGGAGCGUGAGGGGCAUCACGGGUCGCACCACUACCACUACCGGCAACAGCAACAUCAGCAACAUCACCAACAGGCAGUGGCGGCUGGGUUGGCGUGGGAGCGGUGGCUGGCGCAGUGCCGGCUCGCUCACCUGCUGCUGUUUAAGGGCGCGUGGAACUGUUUGUGCAGCGUGGUGGAGCUGGAGGUAGAAGGAGAGGAAGAGGAAGAGGAGGAGGAGGAAGGAGGAGGGGUUGAGGAACCGCACCAGUACCGGCACCGGCAGGGACAGGGACAGGGACAGCAGGUGGCGGUAGUGCGCGGAGCAGCACCAUCCCUGAGACUUGGGGGGGGGGGCCCGCCGGCGCCAAUGGCGAUUACCACCGGAGGGAUGACUCUGAAUAACCCACCUGUCCGCCACCACGAGGGCAGCAUCGAAUCCAUGGCACAUAGCACCAUCGCCACCAUUUCCCUCAUCGCGGCUUAG